GCACACAGCCGAAUAUUUACCUAAAAACGGUAAAGUAUAGCUCGAAAGCGCGUGGGUGCUGGGUCUCGUGAAUGUAAAGUCUCAGUCUGUCACCAGGGCUGGGGAUGAAUACUCGAUUCAUAUUCAACUUACUAUCCUGCGCGCACUUUGCCACCCAGCGACCCCUUCCGGGAUGGCCUGUGCAUCGAUGCCCCUGAGCUGAUUCCCGUACCAUCCUCCAAGCCGUACCAUCCUCCAAGCCCUGUGCCCCUGCCCUCUCCCUCAGAUGCCGCAGCGGACGCGAGGCGGCACGUGCGAGAGGCGGAUGGCCAUCUCGUCCUCGGGGCUGUCCUCGUCCGGCAGCAGGCGCGGCUCCGUGGCAUCAAGUGGAAGGUGAUGCCUCUCUACGAGGUUUCCGCGGAUGUACCUAGCCGCGGAUGGUAUCCUUGAGAUCGACUGGCUUGCCCUGCUCAGGGGCGCACUUGGUGGCCUGCUUGUGCUGGCUGGUGCGCAAGGCACGUAUUGCCAGGACAAGGACUCCAAGGCAAACAGCCAGGACGAAGAAAUGUUCGCGUGAAGCAGUGUCGCCGCUAGUGCCGCCGCCGAGCAAGUGAACUGGCGUGAGGGGCUGCGGCGAUGAGAGAGCUGGCGCGGGUGGCUGCGACGGUGAGAUUGUGGUUACCGGCGACGGGGGUGGCGAAGGUGGUGGCGGCGACAGAGGCGGUGCCGGCGGGCCAGGUGGGAGGCCUGGCGGCGGAGACGGCGACGGCGGCGCCGAAACGACCACUUUGACUUUCUGGCCAUUUCUGCAGUGGGUACCCCAGUAGUUCGGAGACCAGGUCGACGACCUGCGGUCGCCGCUGCAGGUGAAGUAGACGGUACCGGCGUCGGCAUCAGCUUGCGUCACAUUGUGUCGGUACACGGUGUCGGUUGGCCCGGCGAGCGUGACUGAGCCCGUGGGGUCGCACGCAUCGUAUGCGGUCUCGCUCGCGCCGACGAGUACACGAAGACGAGCACGUCGCCCGGGGCAGCGUGAUGCGUGGAGUAGGUGGUGCCGAAGUUGCUCCACCACACGGCAUCGCCACCGGUCCAGAGGCGGGCGGUGAUACCGAUCUCCCCCGGCUGGAGCGCGGUGGGUGGCGAUGGCGACGGAGGCGAUGGAAGCACCGACAUGUGCUGCAAGGUUGUCGGUGGGAUCGCACCGACUAGCAGCGAGAGUGCCAGAGCGCCAGAGAGAAGACAACGCCGCGGCCGGAAGACG